AUGUCUAUUCGACACCCCAGCAGAAGAAAAACUCUGGACUUUUUUCGAAAACAUUUCCGUCACCACUCGUUUGUAGAGGGCGAAAGCCAUGUAGGAAAGAGGAAUUCGCCCGCUCUUGAAGGCAACCACGGUCCAGAAGAUGUCCAGCCGCUUAUGGUUGAUUUCGAAAGCGACACAGACCUUGAAGAAGAAGACUAUGAAGCCGGGGAGGGCAGGAAACUAGACUUAGGUGGAGGAGGUGGUGGAGGAGGCGAUGAACGAGCUAGAGCGAAGAGUCGUUUGAGAGUUACGGAAGCCGAUUUACUGCAAGAGCAGUAUCGGUUGAUCCAGAUGUCAUAUUGUCAUAUUUCGCGAUGUUAUAUUGUUGUCGUUGACAAACUGGCCCAUUCGAACAACCCAGUAAUGUUGUUAAACAUGUUUCGGAGGGUAGCAGAGGAGUCAACAGUAGCGUUCCAUGCAACAGUGCCAAUACAUGGCAUGGAACGUGGUAUACUUGCCAGCAACAGCCGUUCGCCGAUGGUUGUGCUUUUUAGUAUCUAUGCUCAAUGGUUGCUUAUAAGGAUGAAUUACUUAUUAGUAACUGCCGACCAUUACCUCGUUAUGUUCAUAUUUUCAACACCGAGAAGAAGGCUUACAGAAUUAUAA